CUCCGACUGGGUUCCAUGGUGUCGGGUGUCGCCCGAUUUAUAUGCGUUAUCUCUGUGAUUUACAAAGGGCCCUCUCAGUCGGGAGAAAUGGCAGCGAAGGUUCUCCGCCUCACUUCACCUUCUUUCUCAGCAUCAAUAAACAAGCCCCAAUUCGCAGCUCCAGCGAUACGUUUCGCUGCAUGCUCAUCGUCUCUUCCUUCUUUGGUUCAUUCAUUAUCUAUCGCCGCUAUCUUCUCUCCGGGCCCUUCGUCUUACUCUUCUUUAUUGAAGGGGCAGAGCAGGGGAGGUAGGGUUUGUACGGCUUUGGUGGUCGUGGAUAAAGAAACGGUGAUUGCAGAAGAACCUCACGGUGAAAAAUACGUGGACGCAGAAAACGAUGACGUUUCCCGCGAGAGAGAACCAAGCAAAGUGGGAAGACCUUGUGAAGUAUAUGUUUGUAACCUUCCAAGGAGCUGUGGCUCAACACAGCUUCACGAUAUGUUCAAGCCUUAUGGAAAUGUUCUAUCUGCCGAGGUUGAUCGAAAUGAUGAGACCGGUGAAAGUAGAGGGUGUGGUUAUGUCACAAUGGGAUCAGUAAACUCGGCGAAAAAAGCAGUUGCUGCAUUGGAUGGAUCAGAUAUAGGUGGCCGUGAAAUGCGGGUUAGAUUUUCAGUUGAGAUGAAUCCUGGAAGGAGAAAUGCUGAGACGAUGAACUCGUCACCCCAGAAAGUUAUAUUCUAUGAAACUCCUCACAAGUUGUAUGUCGGCAAUCUUGCUAGGGCUGUUAAACCAGAAGACUUAUGGAAUCAUUUUAGCAGAUUUGGAACUGUGGUUAGUGUAAGAAUAUUGCAUGAUCAUAAAGAAGGGAAUGGCCGUAUUUAUGCAUUUCUCUCCUUCCUUUCACAGUCAGAACGUGAUGCAGCAAUGUCUCUUAAUGGAACCGAACUUGGUGGCCGUACACUAGUAGUGAGAGAAGGAACGGAGAGGACUGGGCCUUAGCCGGAGUUUGAAAUAUCGGAGCAAAGUUUCUAAAGUUGAGAAUUUAUUGUGUGAAAGACGCAAUACUGAAGAAAAGGUUAUUUAUAUAUUUCUUUGGCAGCGCCAUCAAGAUUUGGAUCCAUGCGUAUGUUUUUGUGAUAUUUCAACUUGCAGUCAGUAAAUAUCAAAGGUGUUGCAAGGGUUGUAGUUCAGUCAGUAAAGUUUGAAUUUUAUACCAACUUGCAUAUUUGUGUCAGAGCUUGAACUUCGGGGAUCAUUGAAUAUGAACUCGGGAACACUAUUAUGUCUUUUGCAUGUUACAGCACAAUGCUUGUAAAUUCUGAAACGCCUGUUAUGUAACUAGCAUGUACAAACAGCCUUGAAGAUCUAACAGGAGCAAUGAGUGCUUAUGGCUUAUAACUA